AGUUAUAUUGUGUUGUUUAAGUAUUCCCUUUAUUUUUUUGAGCAGUGUAUUUUCUUCACACCUCCUCUCCACUGACGCACCUCUCCGCUGUCUGAGGCUCGCUCUCGCCUAAGCGCGCUCCUCCAUCGACUCACUAACUGGGUGUCGGCGUGAACGUCGGGAAGCUGUGAAUGAACAUAAAUGUGGAAUUUAAUGUGCUUUUCACGCCGUUUGGUUUAUUCUGGCAUUUCAUUUCAGCUUCGGAAGCCGGCGAGGCUUCCAGCAAUCUCCUGAUUUCUAGGUUCAGUGUCACUUCCUCCAUAUCUCACCAACGAGAGAGAAGACAGAGGAAAAAUCAAACAGUACUUAAAUACAAAACAGACAUUGAGCAAUAGUGGUGAGGUGAUGGCGGGUUUGGCAGGCAGCACAGAUCUCAGCAGACAGUCUGCACACUGAACCAACUGAAAGCGGCAAAACAUCGAAGGGUAGACAGAAUGGAUUUCUUUAAUUGGACUGAAGGAGCCUUCACCACAAACAGCAGCAGUUAUGAUUCCUUUGAGACUGCAACACUCCCUCCCAGUAAAAUCCUACUAACAAUAACCCUUUCUGUUGUGGCCAUACUAACUACAUUCUUUAACUGUCUGGUGAUCACAGCUAUUGCUGUCACCCGCAAGCUACACCACCCAGCCAACUACCUCAUCUGCUCGUUAGCGGUGACUGACCUGCUUGUGGCUGUGCUGGUCAUGCCCUUCAGCAUCAUCUACAUUCAGAAUGAAAAAUGGGUCAUGGGUGAGGUGGUGUGCACCAUCUGGUUAAGCAUAGACAUUGCAUGUUGUACCUGCUCAAUUCUGCACCUUGCUACAAUUGCCAUUGACCGUUACAGAGCAAUUACGGAUGCUGUGGAGUACUCUCGCAAGCGCACAGGAGCCAGGGCAGGUGCGAUGGUGGCAGUGGUGUGGCUCUUAUCCAUUCUCAUAUCACUUCCUCCGCUACUCUGGCGACACUACAGCGAUGACGAGGAGCAUAUGGAUCAAUGCAUCAUCAUCCACCACCACAUGGCAUUUACUCUUUAUUCCACACUUGGAGCAUUUUACAUUCCCCUGCUGCUCAUUCUCAUUCUGUACUAUAAAAUCUACCAGGCCGCUCAGACCCUCUACAUGCGCAGGGAGGCUAGCCGGGCUAGCCGUCACUCAUGCAUGACCAAUGGGAGCAUGAUCCCUUCAUCUUAUCCUGCUGGAGAUAGCGAUGGCGACGGUGGUCCUCGGAGUCCAGAUCCCAUAAGCCCACCAGAAAAGUCCUUCUCCGAACCUUCUACUGAGGAAACACCACGAGAACGGGUGCGAGUCUCCAAAAAGGUUUUCCAAAGCAAGUCACGCAGGCAUGACUCGAGAAGUGAGUCGCGUCGGAGCCAAAUGUACCAAGGACCCCGAAUUUCAGGCUCAAGAGAACGAAAGGCAGCUUCCACAUUGGGGUUGAUUAUAGGGGCCUUUGUAAUUUGUUGGCUGCCAUUUUUUGUCAAGGAGGUGAUCGUCAACACCUGUGGUUCUUGUAACACUUCUAUUGAAAUGGCAGAUUUUCUCACAUGGUUGGGCUACCUUAACUCUCUGAUCAACCCCCUCAUCUACACCAUCUUUAAUGAAGACUUUAAGAAAGCCUUCCAAAAACUUAUUAGGUGCAGUCAUUACCUCUGAUACUUAGUCGUGCAUGAUCAAACUUACACAUUAUUUAAAAAACAUAUGUAACAAAAAGCGAGCAAAGGUAGUGGCUUCAGUCAGAGAACACUGGAGGAACAUUGAAUCAAUGUACCACAAGAAAAAGGAUCUAAACAAGAAAAAAGACUGAUUCCCAUUUUCAGAAUUAAUGUUAACUACUUCACUAACCUAAAUGGCACCCCACCUCGCUAAUGAGUAUUGGUUUAAAGUUCUACUUUGAGGUCCAGGCUCUGCUAUUUAUAGAAUAGCCCAAUAUCUCCCUAAUGUUAAUUGGUGUGUGUGUGGAGGGAUGCUGACAUGUUGGUUUUCAGAAAAUAGGCCUCUGCUGACCUUUCAAAGGUAUGUCUUCUGAACAUUAGAGAUUAGCCCUAUUUAAAGGUCUAAAAAAAGCUGACCAUAAUUUCUGAUCCGUCUAAUAACUUCGCUUUUGUCAGCUUGACACUGCUGGCUAACAUGUGGAACAUGUAAAAUACCACAACCUACCAAUUUCAUUGUUUUUAUGUGGUCAUUGUGUUACAAAAGAUGUGACUGUCUUUCAAUUUUCACAAUCAUUAACAGGAAUAUGUUUUUGUGAAAUGUGAUAUUUGUUCUGCAAAAACUUUUAACAAAUGUGAACAUGUUGUUCUGACUUCAAUUAUUUGAAAAGUCUUAAAGUUAUGAUAAUAUAUGGUUUGAUAAACUUCACAACUCCGCACGAUAACAUCUUGUGUUUUAAACAGAAAAGAUUCAGGAAUGUUGUUAAAGUGCUUGGAGGGUAGGGAUCUGCUUUCAGAUCUAGAGAUGUCCCAAUCAAGCCAUUUUUAAAUGGUAGGUACUGUCCUGAUUAAACUCACCACCAAAUAGUAGUUGCUGUUGUACACUAUUGUUUGAUUUUAUUGCAGCUGUACCCACACGGCGCUUUGUGUCCACAUUCUGGCUAUUAUCAAAUUUAACUUUUAAAAUACUACAGGUUGACAAUACAUUUUUAACCUAUGUCAUAGGCAUUCACAUUACUUAGCUGAAGAAAUGAAUCUAGGUUUUUCUAAGCAAUCAGUGUUUUUUUGAUUCUAUGCUAUGAUGUUGACAGUUAAAGAGAGAUUGCAUUCAUGCAUUCAAAUUCUAAUCAGUGUCAUUAAUAGAAUAUAUGUUCUUAUCAAUCUUUGAAGCUAUAAAAACAAUUCUGAGGGAAUAAAUAAUUUUUCUUAAUCAGCAUAGAAAUAACUCAUGACAUAUAUUUAUUCUUAAAAUUCCAAUAGUGACACUUCAACUAGGAUUUAGUCACAAAUAAAAAUAACAAAUAACCUUUAUCAGUUUAUCAGUUUCAGUAAUUUAUCCUAUUGUAUAAUUAAAUGAAAAAACAAAACAUAGACCUAAUAACUCAAAGUCUUUGUCUCAGUCUUUCUCUCAGCCUCUCCUCUCUCUCUCUCUCUUACUUGAAAACUCAAGAUUUUCAGGCAAAAUUUAGGGCUCCAAAAAACUGACUUUUAGGCUGACUUUUGAGGAAAGUUUGAAAGACUGCGCAAAGGGUUUAAAGGGUGGAAGGCGUAUGAGGUCUGGCAGGUUAAGGCACCUGAAAACAGCUUUAGAGAAAUUGAUUAGACAUGAUUAACUGGAAUCGCCAGUGAAAUAUGAAACCUCUUAUCGUGCUGAUUUAUUUACAAUCAUGAUUUAUGUCAGGUACAUACUAUAUUAGAUAAGACAAUAAUUGUUUAUAGAAUCAGACUGCAAGUUAGUAUCUGCAAAUGCCCAAUCCUAAAUUGAUCGCAUCAGCAUUGGGGACCAAAAAACAUCUUCAUUGGGACAUCUCUAGUCAGCACCAUAACUGUUUAAAUGAUCACAUGAGCAUUGAAUCAACUGUGGAAACUGAUUUAUACUGACUCCUUAUGUUAACAGUUUUGUCACAAAAUAAAGUAUAAAAGUCUU